UACAUAAUAGAGCAGUCAAUGUGGAAAAGAAAAAAAAAAAAAAGGAGCAGUGGAUGGUAACUACAGAAUCAAUAUACGAAAAUAGAAAUGGCAAAAUAGCAAUUUCAAUAAAGGAAAAGAUGCUUGACCCUAUAAAGGAAAAGUUUGAUUUUUUAUGCCACACCCCAGGUGAUCUGAAUGGUGUCAAUGUCUUGAAUUCAUCCGAGGUUUAAGUGGAAAGCCAGUGUUUGAAAUCACCAAAUAAGCUGGUGCUUUCUUGAACUUUUAUGUGAUGGGUUACUACUCACUAGGCGAUUCUAUGAUUGACUUGGAGAAGGCGAAGUCAAAUGGUUGGCAUCGAUCAAGGGAGGAGAUGGCAGCUGGCAUUUUAACGUCAGGCGGCGGCAUGUGGACAACUUCUUUCACAAUGUUCUCAGGUAGGUUUUGCUUCUUCUUUUGUAUUUUUUUUCUUGUUAAUAGGAAAAGUAGUAGCACCAAAUAAGAACAUAAGAAUCGAAGUUGGGAGUAUCUCUGACCUUUGGUAAAGCUUUUACUGUAAAUUGUAUAUUUUGAAGCUAAAUACAAUGUUCUGAAGAAGAAAUGUGAAACGUGCAGAAAUUUGUAUGUAUUUGUUCUUUUAGGUAGGCAAAUCACAAUGUCUAAUAUUACUAUCUUAAGAGCAGAAAGUUAUAAUCUCUAAUUCACAUCCAUACCCUUCUCCACUUAUGAAGAAGACUUGCACACAUUGUAAAGAAGGCUAAGGCUUGUAAAAUCACCAAAAGAGCAAAUUCUUUCCUGGAUAAUCCCAUAUUCAAUUGAGAUAUCUCAUUUGUAUGCUGUUGUUUCUUCCCAUAAGGAAUUUCCUUCAUCAAGCUUUCUCUCAAUUUCAUAACCUGAUUAAUGUUAGGUGCUGAUUUUGCUGGUUAGGUUCGUAACGAAGUGCUAUUAGCAUGUAUUGGAGUGUAUGCCAUAUAUUUAUUACAAGUUCUUGAAUUUUUAUGGGGUUGAAGAGGAAAAUCCCAUUUUCCCAUUUGCUGCAUUUCAACUUUAGGUUCAGCAUCCAGGUCCCAUUUGAUAGAUUUGACUUAGUAAUUACCCUGAAGCGUGACUAUUAAUCUUUUAAAUCCUUAAAGAAAGGAACAAGUUCCUUUGUCUUUGAGAUGAGUAGAUAAUGCCCCAUGACCCACCUGAUAACCAUUUUCUAGAUAUCUGAAAAAUCAAACUACUUUGAACUCCAGUAACGGUGGUUCUGUCUCAUGUAUUGCUAUCAAGAGAGUUGGUGUUCUUUGAUUAGUGUAACUUAGUUGCUUUUGUCAUCUUAGUUUUUUUUAUCUUGAUAUUUUUCUUGUUAACAUUAUGUGUGACCAAUUGAUGCAUGAGACAAGUGCUUGCUGGUCUAACUAGCUACUCAGCGAAGGAAAAUGACGUUAUCACAUUAGGGAAUUACACUAUCCUUCCACAAUCCUUGUUGAAGAUGCUCAAGAACAACUUGGACAGCUCUCCUGGGGGUGGGAGAAGGAGCUACGGCAUAGUGUUUCUGCUAUUUAAAGCCCCUUCUUCCCCAAAUAUUAUCAAUCUGGUGAAGACAUCGAUUUGAACGUUUCGUCAAUGGAAUUCCCAAAACCCUCAUCAGUUCUAUCAUCAGAAAUGCAAAAGCCGGUUGGUAUCCAUAGCUGCUUGCCAAGUAACAACAAAACUCAGCAGGAUGAAGAUAAAAGGGAGCCUUGUUUCUUGCAUUUGCUAAGAGCAAAGCUCCUCUGUUUCUGGAAACAACAAGUUGAAGAAAUUCUUCAAGCUUCAGAGCUAAAGAGAAAACAAGAGUUGCCCCUUGCAAGGAUCAGGCGCGUAAUUAAGUCAAACGAUCAAGUAAAGAUGGUUAGCGCACAUUCUAUCGUUUUGUUUGCAAAAGCAACUGAGAUGUUCAUUCUUGAACUCACACUUCGUGCGUGGAUGCAAGCUGAGCUAGUCAAACGUCGAACUCUGAAGCGUUAUGACAUUGCUAGGGCCAUAAGGAAUGAAGAACUUCUUGAUUUCCUGUGUGAUAUCGUCCCACUCCAGUCCUACAAGUUUCAGGUGGAAGAGGCAAAUUAUGGCCAAGGAAAUGAAUUUCACCCGGCUUAUCAAAUGGUUCAGCCUAUUAACUUUUCAUACCAAUUUCAGGUGGAAAAGGAGGCAAAUGAUGGCCAAGGAAAUGAAUUUCACCCGGCUUAUGAAAUGCUUCAGCUUCAGCCUAAUAACAUUCCGUACCAGUUUCAGGUGGAAGAGGAGGCACUUGAUGUCCAAGGAAAUGAAUUUCACCAGGCUUAUCAAAUGGUUCAGCCCAAUAACAUUCCGCUGCAGCAGCAGAACCAAUUUCAGGUGGAAGAGUUGGCAAAUGACGGCCAGGGAAAUGAAUUUCUUGCAGCUUAUCAAAUGGUUCAGCCUAAUGAUGUUCCAUACCAAUUUCAGGUGGAAGAGGAGGCAAAUGGUGGCCAAGGAAAUCAAUUUCACCCGGCUUAUGAAAUGGUUCAGCCUAAUAACAUUCCGGCUUCUUUCACCAGCAUCCAAGGAAUUCCAGCGCCACUGAUGCUACCACCUGCGAUUAAUUCAUCUGCUGAAGCCGAGUUUACCAGUGGUGGAUUUGCAUUGGACAAUGAGGAGGGACUUUAAAGUGCGAGUUAAUUACUUUCUGUUUCUUUAGUUAUCAUUUUCCUUUGUUGUUGUUUAGCCUUUUCAAUAAGCCAUCCUUUAGACUUGUUUUAAUUGGCCUAAGAAAAAUAUGUGUCCCCUAUACUGCUGAAAGAAUGCAGUUUAUGUUUGUUUGUGUUAAACAGUAUAAACCCUGCUUUUGUUAAAUGUUUUUAAUAAUACCUGUGCUUAUUUCGGAAUUA